AUGAUCUGGAAUCUUGAUCUGGAAUCUGAAAAUAUUGCAGGAUACACGAAGAGGUUCCAUCUAGCCCACAUCAACAUCCCGCACGCCAUGGUCCCGAGUACCAAAAGUACUAAAACAAAGCAACCAUUUGCGCGCCGUGUUUUUCCAUUCCAAGGUUUCAAAAUCGAGUUCCCAGAUAUUGAUGGCUUCACUAGAGGCGCUCGAUCAUGCCCACAUUUCUUGCCGUAA